AUGUCUGACUCUGAACACGAAAGUGAAGACGAAAUGGUCGUCGAGGAUGAAAAUGACGAAGCCGGCGAAUCUUCUGGGGCAGCUAUUAAAAAAGAACCACGACAAGUUUACUUACCAGGUCAUCAGAUGCAGGAAGACGAGUCGUUGGUAUUCGAUCCAUCUGCUUACCACAUGCUGCAUGAUAUCGAUUCUGGGUUGCCGUGUUUGAGUUUUGACGUGAUCAUUGAUGACAUGGGUUGUAACCGUAGCGACUUUCCACAUUCUAUGUAUUUGGUUGCUGGAAGCCAAGCAGAAAAACCUAAAGACAAUUGUGUGUUUGUUAUGAAGCUAUCAAACUUAAAUGCGAUUAAAAAUGAAGAGAGUAGUUCAUCGGAUGAUUCAGAUGUUGAGUCUGACAGUGAUGAUGAUGAAUCUAAAGAUCAACCUGUGUUGCAGAUAUCAUCAAUUCCUCAUUUGGGCACUGUUAACCGAAUUAGGAAUACUACAGUUGAUGACAAAGUAUAUGCAGCUGUAUGGUCGGAAAGAGGAAUUGUCAAUAUUUAUGAUUUAAAUAGUAAAUUGAAAGAUGUUGAAAAAGCUAAUAGAAAUCGUAAAAUUGGAAGUGAGGAAAAGAAAAAAAAGUAUGGUAAAGCUGCUCCCAAGAGAAUACUGUCUGAACAUAAACCUUUAUAUUCAUACUCUGGGCAUAGAGAUGAAGGAUUUGCUUUAGAUUGGUCUUCCAAGGCUCCGGGAUUUUUAGCUAGUGGUGAUUGUAAAGGAAAUAUUCAUACAUGGAAACCAAGUGAAAGUGGUUGGGUUGUUAAUUUACAUUCAUUAGGUGGACAUAAAGAAUCUGUUGAAGAUUUACAAUGGUCUCCAAAUGAAGUUAAUGUGCUUGCUUCUUGCUCUGUAGACAAAUCGUUAAGGAUAUGGGAUACACGAUUAGCACCAAAUAAAGCCAAUAUGUUGACAAUUGCUGACGCUCAUGAUAGCGAUAUUAAUGUCAUAAAUUGGAACAAAAAAGAACCAUUAAUUGUUUCUGGUGGUGAUGAUGGAAAACUUAUGAUUUGGGAUUUGAGACAAUUUAAAAAAGGUAAAGAACUAGCUGUUUUCAAACAUCACACUAGUGCUAUUACAACAGUUGAAUGGAGUCCAGAUGAUAGUUCUGUGUUUGCUUCUGGUGGUGAAGAUGAUCAAAUAGCAAUUUGGGAUUUAGCUGUUGAAAGGGAUACUACCAAUGACCAAGAUGACAUAAAAGAAAUUCCACCACAGCUUUUGUUUAUUCACCAAGGACAAGAAUCUAUUAAAGAGCUUCAUUGGCAUCCUCAAAUUACUGGAGUUCUUAUAAGUACUGCACAAACCGGAUUCAAUGUUUUCAGAACCAUAAGUAUAUAA